AUGGGAAAGGGGGAGGAUAAAAGGAACGCCCAGGGAGGUGUCUUCGCUCCCGCAGAGGGAAGCCAACCGGGAAAGACAUCGAUAAAAGGGAGUAGCCAAACAACGGUUUGGGGAAAGUCCUCCCCCCUCCGCAAGCUCCCCUACCUUCUAAUCCCCCUAUCGGUGAAGUUCCCCCUGCUGGCAAAACUACUCCUGUUGUUUCUUUUUUCGAAGUGGUUAAAACACGCAGUAGGCAAUGUGCCGAUGAGCUUCCUCUAUCGAAAAAACGAAGAAGCAUUUCAGCAACUGAUUCAGCUGCUUCUACUACAAAUGCACCAGAGCGGAGGAAAAAACGGAAGCAACAAAUCGACCUUCAGAACAGUGCGUCCAAUGGUUGAUGGUGUGUACAGGAGCAUAGAAGGAAUGAUGAAAUGCAUCACCCGUGUUUACUUCUUCCUUUAUGGGACGCAAUGCAGUGAAGUCUUCUUUGCUGAGGAGAUAAAUGAAAAAGCUGAGUUGAUGUCGACUCCUAGUCGGGUGAGCAAUCUGUGGGUCUUGCGAGGGGCUUACCUCAAUUUGUUUGUCGCGCUGCUGGGCCACCCCGGGGAAGGCGACAAAGCGGAGGGGCAGCUUCACCAACGGGAGCGGCGGUUUAACCAACAGGCGCAGCACCUUCCCUACCCAGACGAACAGACCCUCUACAAAAACAUACGAGACCUCUACAAGGAGAAAUAUCAAAGGGAGUAUCACAUAAUGAUGCGCAGUGAAGAAUUUUCCUUUCUUCAUCCUUUUUAUGAAAUUGUCCUACACACAGGAAAAAAAGUUUUCUCCUGUCUCCACCUCAUGCUGUUGACGAUGAUGUCCAUUUAUUGCUUAUGCAGGAGCCUCUUCAUUUUAACACGUUACAUACAUGCCAUGGAGAAGAAGAAGCUGUAUGAGAGAUGUUGCGAGGGGAGGGCUGCAUCAGACGAGCUAUUUCGUCUGCUCAUCGAAUCGGUAGCGCAUAUGAGUCAGGACCUGACAGGGGAGGAGGCACCCAUCUGUGCAGAGGGCAACUACCCCGAUGGGGACGAUGAUGAAGGUGACGAUGAUGAAGGCGACGAUCAUGAUGACGCUAACGAUGCUGCUAAUGAUGGUGACCUGCCUGAUGGCGAGCUCCACAUAUACGACGCGCUGCAAACCAAACUGCGCCUCUGCCUGAGCAUCAUCAAUCGAAUCAAAGGUGAACAUCCCAGGGGUGCAUCUAAAAUGUUCGUGAAGCAGAAUCCAAGGCAGGCGCAAGAGUUGGCUAGGCAGGAAGAACUUGUGCCUACAUAUGAGCCCCCCAGACAGAAGGAAGUGUACGAAACGGAACCGGCAAGCGCCCACACGGGGGGAGAAACUGAAAAAAGUGAAAAAAGUGAAAAAAAUGGAACAAGUGAAAAAAAUGCAAAAAAUGCAGAAAGUCCAAAUGAUGAUCCCACCUCGCAAAGGAAGGAACAACAAAGGGAUGGCACCUUGACGUAUGCCAUUUAUUUGUAUCACAGUAGAACCGCUGAGGCGGCAACGCAGGGGGAGAGGAAGCGCCAAGAGGAGAGUACCUCCGUUGAAGACCCCUCGAUGGGGCAAUCCCUGACGGCGCAAAAAGAGGAGAAUCGCACAGAGGGUAAGUAUACCAAUGGACCAAUGGACAGUCACCUGGCAUCGUGCGGGAUUGCUAACAAAACGGACAAGAGACACACCAAGGAGGGAUCUUCUCCGCACCCAAGUGUCGACCCGCAUGGAAGCAAAGCUCCCUCAAAUUUGAGCUGUCAAAUUUUAAUUAACGAACUGAAAAAGACGUUUAAAAAGAAGAAGCAAUAUGUCUAUUUGAGUAAAAAGCUCUGCUUUGAUGAAUCCGUUGGGGACUUUGUCAUGAGGGACGUCUCUUCGGACGGAAAGGGGAAGAGCGGCAGAGAUGAUAGCGGUAGCGAUGGUAGCGGCAGAGAUGAUAGCCGAAGCGAUGGUAGCGGCAGAGAUGAUAGCCGAAGCGAUGGGAGCGGUAGAGAUGAUAGCCGCAGCGAUAAGGGACGCACGAAGCGACGUGUCCAGGUGGGCCCACCAGGAGGAGCAUACCCACGAAGCGGCGAAGACGCUCAAGGGGACACUCCAGGAGACACUCCAAAGGACAUUCGCAAAGACACUCGAGAAGACCCCCUCGAAGAGGACUGCCUUAGUCCAAUGGCCGACGUACCCGCCUUCCGACAGAACAUCGCGGCCGCCAUCUCGCGGGGGAAGAUCGUCUAG